CAGCAUGGUCAUCUGAAAGAAGAGCAUGGUCAGCUCCAAGAACAGCAUGCUCAGCUCAAAGAACAGUUUGGUGAGCUUCAAAGACAGCCUGGUGAGCUGCAAGAACAACAUGGACUGAUCAGUGGACAACCGACUGUAGAAAACAUGUACAAGGGAGCUGAACUUCUGAAGGCACAAAGAUACGCAGUUGAUGUGACUCUGGACCCUGAUACAGCACAUCCUCAACUCGUCCUGUCUGAGGACAGGAAACGAGUGAGACAUGAAAACACAAAGCAGGAGCUCCCUGACAACCCAGAGAGGUUUAAACGCCGGAUAGGUGUCCUGGGAAAAGAAAGGUUUUCUUCAGGGAGACAUUACUGGGAGGUGGAGGUUGGGGACAAAACUGACUGGGAUUUAGGAGUGGCCAGAGAGUCCAUCAACAGGAAGGGAAAACCUACACUGAGUCCCAAUAAUGGUUACUGGACUAUCUGUCUGAGGAAUGGAAAUGAGUAUAAGGCUAAUGCUGAGUCCUCUGUGUCCCUCCCCCUGAGUGUGAAGCCCCAGAAGGUGGGGGUGUAUGUGGACUAUGAGGAGGGUCAGGUCUCCUUUUACAGUGUGGAGGAGAUGUCUCAUAUCUACAUUUUCACUGGAUAUAAAUUCACUGAGAAGCUCUAUCCGUUCUUCUGGCCAGGUGCCCCAAACUCAGCCCCACUGAUCAUCUCUCCUGUGAGUCACACAGACUGAAGAAACUGAGUUUAGCUUUUAAUGUUCAGGUUAUGAUGCCAUAUUCUGAUUUAAUUUCCCA